CUGCUGGGGUAGGCUGCGCGCCGGAUAUAUCUAGCCGGCGGCAGAGCACGCCGUUGCGUGAGGUGCUUCUCGUCCGCCGGGCAGGCCUGUGGUGAAGCGGCGCCUCCCGCUCCCGUCCCGCUCCGCCCGUAGUUUUCAGUUGACCAAAGAAAUGGUGAUGGAGAAGCCAAGUCCCCUGCUGGUCGGGCGGGAAUUUGUGAGGCAGUACUAUACUCUGCUGAACCAAGCACCUGACUAUUUGCACAGGUUUUAUGGAAAGAACUCUUCCUAUGUCCAUGGUGGCUUGGAUUCCAAUGGAAAACCAGCUGACGCAGUCUACGGGCAAUCUGAUAUCCACAAGAAGGUGCUGUCAUUAAACUUCAAGGAUUGCCACACAAAGAUUCGUCAUGUGGAUGCCCAUGCUACUCUCAACGAUGGUGUUGUAGUCCAGGUGAUGGGAGAGCUCUCCAAUAACAUGCAGCCUGUGCGCAGAUUCAUGCAAACAUUUGUACUUGCCCCUGAGGGUUCUGUUGCAAACAAGUUUUAUGUCCACAAUGAUAUCUUCCGCUACCAAGAUGAGGUUUUUGGUGACUCUGACACUGAGCCUCCAGAGGAAUCAGAGGAGGAAGGGGAGGAACCUGAGGAAAGACAGCAGACACCUGAGGCUGUUCCUGAUGAUACCGGUGCUUAUUAUGAGCAGGCUGUCAGCAAUGACAUUGAGGAACACCUGGAAGAGACGGCUGCAGAGGCGGAGCCUGAGCCAGAGCCAGAGCCUGAACAGGAACCUGAACCAGAGGUGCAUGAAGAAAAAUCUGAGCCAGUAUUAGAGGAGUCGGCUCCAGAAGAGACUGUGGAAAAGAGUCCUUCUCCAGCUCCUGCUGAUCCAGCUCCUGCAGUGCAAGAGGACUCCAGGACAUUUUCCUGGGCAUCAGUAACCAGUAAGAACCUCCCUCCCAGUGGAGCUGUUCCAGUAUCAGGAAUACCACCUCAUGUUGUUAAAGUACCGGUCUCGCAGCCUCGCCCUGAGGCAAAGCCUGAAUCUCAGACCCCACCUCAGAGACCGCAGAGGGAUCAGCGAGUGAGGGAGCAGCGAACAAGCAUCCCACCACAGAGGGGUCCUAGACCAAUUCGUGAGGGUGAACAAGGCGAUGUGGAAACGAGACGAAUUGUGAGAUACCCAGACAGUCACCAGCUGUUUGUUGGGAACCUUCCCCAUGAUGUGGAUAAAACUGAACUUAAAGACUUUUUCCAAAAACUUGGCUUUUCUCUUGCAGGCUAUGGCAAUGUUGUUGAACUCCGCAUCAACAGUGGUGGAAAGCUCCCCAAUUUUGGGUUUGUGGUGUUUGAUGAUCCUGAACCAGUUCAGAAGAUCCUUAGCAGCAGGCCCAUCAUGUUCAGGGGAGAGGUACGCCUGAACGUCGAGGAGAAGAAAACGCGAGCUGCCAGGGAGGGUGACCGCAGAGAUAACAGACCACGUGGACCUGGAGGCACUCGUGGGGGGCUGGGAGGUGGGAUUCGAGGGCCUCCACGUGGAGGAAUGUCCCAGAAGCCAGGAUUUGGAGCUGGAAGGGGGAUCGGGCAACGCCAGUGAAUGCAUCACGGAUGUUGACAUGGUGGCGCAAACCCUUUUUCCUGCAGAUUUGUGAAUUUCAGCCUUGGGUAUCUUGGAAUGUGGCCCUAGCCUGUUAUAGACUGCUACGUUUGAUACUAUUUUGGCCCCUUUUUGUUUGUGUUAUGGUUUUGUGAUUUUUUUUUUUCUAGUCCUUGUCCCAGAUUCCAGCUUUGUGGAACAACGUUUUAGGAAAAGUGGAUUUUAAAAAGAAAAGAACUGAGUUUUCUUGUUCACCUCAAACUUACGGACUGGAUUUUUUUGGUACCAGUGGUUUUUCCUAAAGGAAUGUCUCUUUAUUUUUUUCUUUUUCUUUGUUCUCCCCCCUUUCUACUGAAUUUGGGUGCGUUUCAGUCAGUGGAAUAAUAUUUCACGUGCAUGCGUUCAAGAGCCUGUAGGAAAACAUAGUACCUGGCAAGUAUUUCAAGGGCAGAAAAACAAAACUAUUGAUUUAUUCCUUGAGGGUCAUAGCAACAUCCUCUGGUCCGGACAUAUUGCCACUUGAAAAAUUGACAUUCACCUUUCUCUUUGUGGCGCUGUAAAAGUGGAAUAAUGGGUAUCCGUAGAAUCUUUUUUCUUUUGAUACAUGAUCACAGAAAGGAAUUCGAACUACUGUUUUACCACUUUAAAAUUUUGGAUUGUGGGAUAGGUUUUAAAUGUCUAGAACUUGACUCUUAAAACACUUUUCCUGAACUUGUGAAAUUUUUUAUUGAAAUAGGGAGGUUUUUUUCAUGUUUAGUUUGUAUUUGUAUAAAAAAAAGCAAAAUUGUUGUGCCUUCUAUUUAUCUCUCAUUCCAGUCUUGGCAAAUUGUUUAAAAAAAAAAAAUAAUAAAAAAGGUCUAGAUUUGCUUUAUCAAGUCAAGAGUAUGUUGGAGUUUUUCCAAGGGGAAGAGGUUCUUCCUUCAGUCACUAGGUUUACUAGGUAGAGGUGGUUAUAGCUGAAAUUUGUAAUACCUUAUCUUCAUCAGUUUGGCUGCAUUUAAAUAAUUGAAAACAAGUACUUUUUGGAUGUAGAAUUUAAUACCUUUGAUUCGAGGCCCCAUUACAAAUGUUGCAAAAGUACAACUGAAGCAUAAAUACCUCUGUCACAUCCUUUACAGUUCAAACUACUGUAUGUAAUAGAGUUAUUUUUGCAGUUUUGGCAUUAGUUUCAUCCCCUGCUUCUGCCAGCCCUGAAGUGGAUGGAUGGCAUUUUUGUCAGAAGUGCAUAAGGUGCCUGUCUGUCCUGGUGUUAAAAAAGGUGUUGAAUGCUCUCUACUGCCUCUGAAAGAAGAUUAAAUUGAAAAUAAAAUAGAAAACUGGGUAAUUUCAAUCAAAGAGAUCUUGUAAGACUGUACUACGCAAAGCAGUAUUAUUUCUGUAAUGUGUGGUGUUAAACAUCUGGAUGAAAAUGGCAGGUUUGAUUCUACACCAGACCUUCAGAGCUAUUGGUAAUACAAAAGAGCUGCUUAGUAAGUUUGCUUAUCUGCGUCAGGGUUCAUUGUUUCUAUAUUUUCUUGAUUUAUUGAUACAAUCACUGUGCAUAUGCAGUAUAUCUCUCUUGACCUUUGCUUGCUUUAAAGCUAGAGCAAAACUGCCCGAAGGGCAGAUAGGUAUUACCUGUUCCAGAACAGUAAUUUUUUGCCUUUUACUUGCCAAACUUAGUGGUUGAACCUGGUUGUACUAAAUGUCAGUAGAGAUUUGGUUUCUGUUUUAUUUUAUCUUCAUCUUCAGAGUUGUUAUGCUCUUUGUCCCUUCCCUCCUUAUGAAUCUUUCUCAGAUUGACUUGCUUACAGUCUCUUCCUGAAGACUUAAGUAUCUUAGCAAAUUGGAAGAGAGCUGAGUGUCAGCAAUAGCUGUGGUAUACUCUCACAGCCAGCAUACUGGCAAUACAGACUGCUUCCUCUUGUGGUGGUAACCGGUAUUUAAAAAAAACCCGCUUUCUGCAUUUUUCAUAUCUGGAAUGACUGUGAGGUGAAAGUAUGCAAUGGAAGUCUUUCACUGAGCUCUGUCCUUGUUGUUUGUGAUAUUUUUUUCUUAUUUGUUGGGUUUCUACUGUUCUUGAUGUUAAAUCCAAGACUGAAGUAACAGUUUGCACUUCAGACUUAUCAAAGUGCUAUUAAUAGAAGCUUUCAUAGCUCUUAACCUGCGAAUCUGCAAAAGCACACCAAAGCCUGAAACACCCUUUCUGUAGUGGGAGUUGGACAGUUCUGGCUCAUUGUUGUCUGGUUUGAGAAAGAGCUGAGGAAUGUCAGUACCCAUUAGGUAAAGUGUAUGCUUGUUUUCAUAUGAAUCAUACUCUCAAUAUGUUGACCCAGAAAGUGAUGAUGUUCUCCAAGAUGACAGGCAAAAUUAAGUAUUUACAUGAAAUUUUCUUGGAAUGUCUUGUAAAGAAAUACUUUUCAAAGGCAAGUUAUGUUGCCAGCAUCUUGAACAAAAUGUAGAGUUGACUCUUAAUAUUUGCAUUUUGGUUGUUCUGUGACUAGCUAAUAAGAAAGUAUGCUCAAAAGACUUGCUGUAAAAUAUUGUCACAUUGGCUUUUUUGUUUAAACCUUCUAGUAGCCUCAAGCCCUUCUAGUUUCUGCAUUGCUGUGCUGUUAAAACCUCAAUAUCUCUUGUCUAAGGUCUUCAAUGCUGUGCAUGCAUUAAUGGUGAAGAUGACUAUGAAGAAGUCAUGAUUUGGCUUGCCUCAGCUGGUUGCAGUGAGCUAGAAUAGCUACAAGGCUAACCUCUAAUAACCAAGGUAGCUUAACUCUUUCCAGAAAGAAAAUGCUACAGGGAAGUCUCAAAUGAGUAACACUGUGUGUCUCCCUGCUAGCACCUCUGCUUUAAUUGAGAUAAUGAGGUGUUUGCUGAAGUGCUCUUGAUGUCCCAGUGCUCUGCAGGGAGUAGGAAGUGGAGAAGUUGGUCAGACCUGUCACAGGCUGCUUUUGCAUCCACACAAGCCACAUGGAUAGUGAUAGGAACAACCUUAAUGAUCCUUAUACCUUAAUGUUCUGCCCUUCUGAGAGCAGUGGGGGAGUUUCAUGUAUGACUAGUGUGAUCUGGCCUCUUCUGGCUGAUCUUAAUAGUGUAACACAAGUAGAAAUAAGACUAUUUCAUUUACAGUAGUAUUUCGUACCACCAGAACUGGAAGCCAUGCUGCCUUUGCUGCCUCCUCUUUGGUUAAGGGUAUUGCACAAUUAACUAGGCUUAGUGAUCCCCUUUUCUUGUGCAGGGAGGAAUUCCUUCUGGAGUACUCUAAGUACCAGCAGACUUGCACGGGGCUGUUGUGUGAAGUUGAACUGAAAUUUCUGUGUGUUCAGGACUGCAGGUGUUUGUUCUGCAGUUGGGGAUUCAGGCAGGGAUCACUUGCUCUGCAGGGCCCUCUUUACAGGUUUUUUGUUGUUGGUUUUUUUUUUCUUUAAAUUUGUUCAGAGCUGAAGCUGUAGUGUUCCUGUGUAUACACUGGCCACAUACAGGCAAGUGUGGAGGUGGUGAGCAUGCUAUUGGAAGUAGGGCUUUGCAGAGGGGAUUUAUUCCUGGAGUAGGAAACUGAGCCUGUGUGCUAACAUGCUGUGUGGUAACAGGGAACUCUGGCUUGAAUCUGAAUGAGAAACAUUCUUCAGCAGUGCCACAUGGAAGGGAUGUCCUUUAGACCUGUGAGUCCACUUUCUUUGGUGAAAAGGAUGGUUCUGGGUGCAGGUAUGAAAAUUUGGAGUUGAUCUCUGCAGCUGCUGAUUCUACACAUCUCAGAGGGACAUAUUUUUGUACAAAAUGUGGCUGUUUGUUUUUUUUUUUUAAUUGUUUCUCUUUCUUUAUACACUGCUGCCUGGGGCUAAGAGCACAUGGCACAGUAGCAGUUUCCCUAAGCUGUGCAUGCUUUAGCAGGAAGUAAUUAUCUUGGUGAUUAUUUUCAUUUCCCAGCUGCACCAUUCUUACCCUGGCUGGUAACUUGAAAAACUGCUCUCCUAAGAUCUUGAUAAUCUCAUUUGUAUGUUGUGUGGAAGAUGGGGCAAGGGGUUUUGUUGAUAGCUUCUGUGGUUAUGAGACAUGAAACAAUUGAGUAAAAUGCUUUCAAACUCCAUCGUUCCUUAAAGACAGCAUAUUUCAGAGUAAUGGUGUGUUCUCAGAAUAGAUUUGAAGGGCAGGAUGUUGCCCUUCUAUUUUCUGUCACAAAAUGCCACUUGCCAAGCCAAGUGGGAUCUGCUCUUCCACUGAUGAACUUGACACAAACUUGACAAAGCACCUGCCUGGAAGGAAAAAUACUUCAUUGUGUCCAUCUUUGAGAUUCAGUGUGAGUGGCAGUCCUUUAACUGUCUGAAAUGUCGUUUUGGGUGUCUGGACCAAGGUCAUUUCAUCUGCCAAAGAGUAUUAAGGCUAUGUAUAAAUAAUGCCAUGUCCUAGCUUGCAAGAUGGUACAUAAAAUACCUUUUUUUCUUUAUAUGGACCCUUGCCAGACCCUGUUUCAACUUGCAUGAGAAUGUAAGGCAUAGUUUUGCUCUAUUGGAAGUACUGCUGUUCAUUUGUGUAUGACUUUAAAAUCCAGGAUAUUGUAAAGACAACACAAACAGAACUUUCUGUUUGGGUGCCUAUCAUUGCUGUGUGAAAGACCAGAGCAACUUAAGAGGUGCUUUAUAGAGACUAGAGAUGUGAUACAUCCCUCUUGUGGAAAACUUGCUUCUGCUGCCUGGACUUGAUCUUGAAUUCUGGGAAGGGAAGGCUAGCUGUGUGUUAGCUAACUGUGUUAGCCUUGCAAGAGUCUGAAACAAUAAAGAGCAGUUCAGGAGUCUGAAUGCUAUGGCUGAUACUGCUGCUGCUGUAGGAAUUCCUUUGUGGGGUGGAGCUCAGGAGGUCACAGAUGGGAGAGAUUAUUCUUCAGAAUAAAAGGCUUAACACUAAAA